AUGGAAAACUUGCAAUCUUUAACUGAGGAUGGAGGUGUCAAGAAGCGCAUUAUCAAGGAAGGUGUUGGCAAACAACCCAGCAAAAAAAGCACGGUCAGCGUGCAUUACACCGCGUAUCUGGACCAACGAAAUCUCAAGUUUGAUUCUUCUGUUGAUCGCCGUGUACCUUUGACAUUUCAGUUGAAGAAUGGAAAGGUGGUGGAAGGAUGGGAAGUUGCUAUCCCAACUAUGAAAAUCGGCGAAGUGGCAGAAAUCUAUUGUACUUACAACUACGGUUACGGAGAAAAUGGAAGAGCACCGCUUGUGCCUCCGAAAGCCGAUUUACGUUUUGAGGUUGAGUUGCUCGAAGCAUGGGAGGAUGCAAGAUCCGCAGCCGAACGCUUGGAAGCUGCGCAGACGAAAAAGGAAGAAGGAAACAGUUACUUUAAAGCAGGUGCAGUAGAUCAAGCUUUAUUAGCCUACAAAAAGGGUAGAGAUUUCAUCAUCGAUUUGUGGGAUUGCGAACCACAGGAGUUGGUUCAAAGUCGUGAAAUGGUAGUCUCACUUCAAUCGAACAUUGCUGCGUGUUACAUGAAAAAACAGGAUUGGGAGACAGCCAUUGAAACGGCCAAAAAGGUGCUGGAACGAGAUCCCGUUAAUAUCAAGGCAUAUUACCGUAUUGCCAAAUGCUACAUGGAAUUAACAGAGUAUGAAGAGGGUCUGCAAUUUGUUCAUUAUGGAUUACAGGUAAGUGCAGAUUUUUUAUUGUUCCCUCAAUGGCUAGGUGGUGUGGCGUUGACUGUUUUUUUAUUAUUUUUCAGUGUAUGCCAAAAAAUAGCGAUCUGUUAUCGCUUCGUACCAUGA